GGUGCAUGUACUACGUUGAGGUGUUUCGAAACUUAUACCUGACGUUAACUAAUCGAACCAGCUUGAGUGAAAACAUUUAAACACUAUUAAAGAGACCAGAAAGGCAUUCUUAGUUGCUCUCCUGCAGUUGUUUGAAAGCUUCUACAGCCUUUGCGUGUAUUAUGGACGGAACUGUGGAGAAAGUUCGUGUGGAUGGGUCCGCGCGAGGCUUCACAAGUGCUUUCAGCGGAGACGAGAGCCGUGACACUGACCACAGCGAGUCACAUACUGACGACGAGCGCUCCUUGCCUCUCAGGGAAUUUUAUCCCUAUAUCCGCUGUGCCCUCUGCAAUGGAUUUUUCAUUGAUGCCACUACCAUCACAGAGUGUCUUCACACUUUUUGUAAAAGCUGCAUAGUCAAGCACUUUUUCUACAGCAACAGGUGUCCAAACUGCACUAUUGUAGUGCAUCAGACACAGCCACUGUACAAUAUAAGACCUGACAGACAAUUGCAAGACAUUGUUUUCAAGAUGAUUCCAUAUUUGGAAGAAAAUGAAAGGUCACGAAUAUGUGAAUUUUAUAAACAAAGGGGGCUUGAAGUUCCAAAGCCAGUGGCAGUGCCAGCCAUAGGCCCAGUGAAGCCACCUCCGAAACACAGGAAAGACUAUAUGCCUCAGUCUGUUUUCACUAUUCCCUCAGAGUUAGAUGUAUCUCUGAUGUUGGAGUUUGUAGGAGCCGAACAGGGCAUUGAGAAUUAUAAGCCCCUCGAGAGGAAGUAUGUGCGUGUCUCAGGGGAAGCUACUGUUCGCCAUGUGGAGCUCUUUAUCAGGAGGAAGAUGGAGCUGAGCCCAAAUUGCAAGGUUGAUGUUGUAUGUGGAGAGCAUCUUCUUGAGCGAUACCAGUCUUUGAGAGAAGUUUGUAACACCGUAGGAAAAAAUGCAUUGCAGAAUGGCAUGUUGGUUUUGCAGUUUGGACUGGUGCUGCCUGCUUAGUGAUGAGAGAAGUUACAGAAAGACCAACUACUGUGAAAACCGCAAACUACAGUGCAUAGCGAUUUCAUUUCAAGGGCUAAACUGAACUUUAUCAUAAAGAUGACCUAUGCAAAGAUUCUUUGUCUUCCUGGUUGCCUUCUACUCAAAAAGCAAAAUGAACAAGAUGCCAGCAUUGAUUCAGCACAUGCACUUAGAAACUGCGAUGAACACUGUAAUGGGUUAUUUUCAGCAAUUACUCUCUGAUUGAACAAUUGUUGCUAUCAUUUUCACAUCCUCAAUCUUUCUUUUGAUGUUGUUUUAUACCUCUGCAAAUGCAGGAAAACAAAGCAAUCAUUUUGUUCUGUGUUUUAGAGGACUUCAUAUUUGAGAUGCAUUUUAUUGCUUUAAAAUUUCAGUUCUAGGUCAGAUCUAUUGUGGUUCUAACAGACAAAUAGAAAACUGUAAUUUGAAGAAAAAAAAAGAUAACACUAAACAUUGUACGUGAGUUAUUAGGUUUCUCAAUUUGUGAGCAUCUGUGAAAGUAUGAAAGGGGUUCAUUGUCACCAUUCAACUGUUCCAGAGGUGUUUAAGUCUUUCGGGUUGUUGUCUUUUGUUUGAUGUAAAUCUUUUUGUGCUUAUUGAGCCAUGAUUUGGAUGGUUACAGGGCCUUUUGAGGACAAAAGUCCUUGAAAUAUAUGUUUUUAUGUCUGCUGCAACAUUGAAGUGAAACGUGUUUCAUUUAAUAAAACAGCAUUUACUUAAGUCUGUGCUUGGCCAGACAGACCUCAUUGCAUAUGUAUGUUAUGCAAAUAUGACACCCUUUUUCACUUAGUCUUUUUUUUGUGAAAUGUAAUCCUUUAUGUUUUGCGAAAUAAUGUAUGCCUUACUUUAGUUUACUGUUUGUAAAAUGUUGAUAUUGGUAUGAAAGGCUUAUUGUCUACACUGAAUUGUACAUUGUGUACAUUGACCUUAGUGUUAUUCACAUCAAAUGCAAUACUAGUCACCUGUAGGAGAUUUUUUACUCAAGCCAUUCUCACGAAAUGCUCUGGAGAGACAUAGUGAAAGAGUGAGCGGAGGGUUUGAAAGAGUGUCUGUAGAGACUGUAGAAAUCGGUUUCCAAGGUAACUGCCUCCACUACCCUGCAUGAUUUCACCUGUCUGCAAGCCACAUUAAAUGAAUGUCCUUUUGAUUUAGAUGUGACAACAUCACAGUGCAGGAUCAAAGUAAAAAAAAGAAAUGUUCAAAUCGGGGCCUGGAAUCCAGGGCGUGCUGAGUGACUUAACAUGCCACGUGAUAAGAUGCGUAAAUUGACUGUCUCAGGCGGAGGCAACUGAGAUUUGUCCUCCACCACCCGGAAUGAGGCGAGUCACUACGCCACCACCAGGACUUAAAGCACAUUGGAAAUUGGGCAUUCCAAAUUGGAGAGAAAAAUGAAAAAAAAAAAAAAAAAAAACUGGGGCCUGGGUAGCUCAGCAAGUUCGAGUCCAGGGCGUGCUGGUUGAUUCCAGUCAGGCUUCCUUAGCAACCAGUUGGCCCGGUCUCUAGGGUGGGUAGAGUCACGUUGGGUUAACCUCCUCGUGGUCGCUAUAAUGUGGUUCUCGGUGGGGCGCAUGGUGAGAUGUGCGUGGAUGCAGCGGAGAAUAGCGUGAAGCCUCCACACACGCUAGGUCUCUGCGGUAACGUGAUCAACAAGCCAUGUGAUAAGAUGCGUGGAUUGACUGUCUCAGAUGCGGAGGCAAUUGAGAUUCGUCCUCCACAACCUGGAUUGAGGCGAGUCACUAUGCCACUACGAGGACUUAAAGUGCAUUGGGAAUUGGGCAUUCCAAAUUGGGGAGAAAAACAAAAUUGUUCAAAUCAAAGCACAAAAGAACUAUUGCUUUUUUAAUGUUCUGAAAGUGGGAAUAUACACUUACUGAGCACUUUAUUAGGAAUACUAUGGUCCUAAUAAAGUGCCUGACGUGAUCUACAGUUGUACAGAGGGGUCAUCUGAGUUACUGUAGCCUUUCUGUCAGCGAGAACCGGUCUGGCCAUUGUCCGUUGACCUCUCUCAUCAAGGCAUUUCCAUCCGCAGAACCUCCACUCACUGGAUGUUUUUUGUUUUUGGCACCAUUCCGAAUAAAUUCUAGAGACUGUUGUGCGUGAAAAUCCCAGGAGAUCAGCAAUUACAGAAAUACUUAAACCAGCCCAUCUGGCACCAACAAUCAUGCCACAGUCGAAAUCACAGAGAUACAAUUUUUCCCCCAUUCUGAUGGUUGAUGUGAACGUUAACGGAAGCUCCUGACUUGUAUCUGUAUGAUUUUGUUCAUUGCACUGCUGCCACACCACUGGCAGAUUAGAUAAUCUUAUGAUUAAGUAGGUGUACAUGUGUUCCUAAUAAAGUGCUCAGUGAGUGUAAUAUAUAAACUGAUCAUGAAUGUGUCCAAUUUCAAGUAUCCCUAUAUAUGACCUUGACCUUUGGUUUCAUGUCCAUUUUGGCAUUGCAUUACUCAUUGGAAUUUUAGAAAUAGGAAAGGC